CGGUGAUGGGUUUGUGAGAAUCCCUUGCAUUUUGGCUCUCUUGCUGUCAUGGUGUCAUUAUCUGCUGAUUUUGCUCACUUGAUCUCAUGGCCUUUUUGUCAGUCUCUUGUAUCCUAAGCUUAGGCUGAGUAAAAGGGUCAUGGAACUUGGAAGCUUGUCUUGGUUGGUGAGAUUUCAGUGAUCAAGUCCGCAACUUGAACAUGGGUUUGCUGUGUAUAAGCACAGCGAGAACGAAAACAAAAAAGGAUGUCUAGCCAAGUGGGUGUGAUGUAAUAUCCCUUGAAGUUAGCAUUAUUUGCGGGCACUAAUUGGCGGGAUUGAUUGUUGGCGCCUUGUGAACGUUAAAUGUGUUCAGUCACAUGAUCGUGUCCUUUUAUGCCUAUGUUCUCCUUGUGAAUAUUUAAGUUUUGCGAUUGGAUGGAGAUGCCUGCGAGUGCUGUCGAAACUGAAUCUUGCCAAAUUUGCUGUCUUUCUACUCAUCUCUGUCCUUCAUUGGGCCAAUUUUGUUGAUGGAUCUACUCUAUCUCGUGGCUUCUUGAUCAGCCAAAGUCAUCCAUCAAUAAUCGGAGAUCAACAUAUGCGACUAGAAUGGAUCUCAAUUAUGGCAAGUGCUGGAAAUCGCCCAAGGAUUGCAAGACUCUGUUGCUCUUAGCUUAUCAAAGCCUCGGUGUGGUUUAUGGGGACCUAAGCAUUUCGCCUCUUUAUGUCUACAAGAGCACAUUCGCAGAAGACAUUCAGCAUUCCGAAACAAACGAAGAAAUCUACGGCGUUCUCUCCUUUGUCUUCUGGACUCUCACUCUCCUUCCCCUGUUCAAGUAUGUGUUCAUAGUCCUUCGAGCUGAUGACAAUGGAGAGGGAGGGACUUUUGCUUUGUAUUCACUAAUAUGCAGGCAUGCUAAAGUGAGCCUUCUCCCAAACCGACAAGCUGCUGAUGAAGCUCUCUCUACAUAUAAGCUAGAGCACCAUCCUGAGAGCAAAAACAGCCCCAAGAUAAAGAUGUUGCUGGAGAAGCACAAGCCCUUGCAUACAGCUUUGCUCGUCUUGGUCCUUCUUGGAACUUGUAUGGUGAUUGGAGAUGGACUUCUCACUCCUGCUAUUUCCGUUUUCUCAGCCGUAUCGGGUCUCGAGUUAUCCAUGUCGAAGGACCAUCAUCAGUAUGCGGUGGUUCCAAUUACUUGCUUCAUACUUGUAUGCCUGUUUGCUCUCCAGCACUGGGGAACACAUAGGGUUGGGUUCCUCUUUGCACCGAUCGUCUUAAUUUGGCUGCUUUGCAUUAGUGCCGUCGGCUUGUACAACAUAUUGCAUUGGAAUCCCUAUGUCUACAAGGCACUUUCUCCCUACUACAUGUUCAAGUUUCUGAGAAAGACGAGGAUUGGCGGAUGGAUGUCCUUAGGAGGAAUCUUGCUGUGCAUAACAGGUGCCGAGGCUAUGUUUGCUGAUCUCGGGCAUUUCUCAUAUGCUGCAAUUCAGAUUGCUUUCACCUUCCUAGUUUAUCCUGCUCUCAUAUUGGCAUAUAUGGGUCAAGCUGCAUACCUAUCUAAACACCACCAAAUCAUUCAUGAGAUUGAUUUCUACAUCUCAGUUCCGCAGAGUGUUAGGUGGCCUGUUCUCGUGGUAGCAAUUCUUGCUUCCGUUGUUGGAAGCCAAGCAAUCAUAAGCGGGACAUUCUCCAUUAUAAACCAGAGCCAGUCCCUUGGGUGCUUUCCUAGAGUAAAAGUCAUUCAUACCUCUGAUAAGAUACAUGGACAGAUCUAUAUCCCAGAGAUCAACUGGAUUCUCAUGAUUCUUUGCGUUGCCGUAACAAUCGGCUUUAGAGAUACAAAACGCAUAGGAAAUGCCUCAGGACUGGCGGUAAUGGCAGUGAUGCUAGUAACCACGUGCCUCACUUCCUUGGUUAUCGUCCUUUGUUGGAACAAACCUCCAAUCUUAGCCUUUCUUUUCCUACUUUUCUUUGGGUCGAUCGAGCUGCUCUACUUCUCAGCAUCUCUCACCAAAUUUACCGAAGGGGCGUGGCUCCCUAUCCUCCUGGCCCUCUUCCUUAUGACAGUCAUGUUUGUUUGGCACUAUGCCACCAUCAAGAAGUAUGAGUUCGACCUCCACAACAAGGUCUCACUCGAGUGGCUGUUAGCCUUGGGCCCAACUCUCGGGAUUGCUCGAGUCCCUGGGAUCGGGGUGGUUUUCACAGACCUAAUCUCUGGGAUACCCGCUAACUUCUCUCGGUUUGUGACCAAUCUCCCUGCUUUCCAUCAGAUCCUCGUAUUUGUCUGCUUGAAGUCAGUACCGGUCCCUCAUGUACCCCAUGCAGAGAGAUACCUCGUGGGCCGUGUGGGACCUGCAGAGCACCGGUCUUAUCGGUGCAUUGUCCGGUAUGGCUACCGAGAUGUUCAUCAAGAUGUAGAUUCUUUCGAGUCUGAGCUUGUCGACAGGCUGGCAGAAUUCAUACACUACGACUGGCAUAAAGGGCAAGGGAGUGUUAAUAGCAAUGACAUUGACCGUGCAUAUGGUGAUGAUAGGUCACACCAUUCCAACCGGUCCUCCAGUGAAUGCAGGUUGGCGGUGAUCGGGCCCACUUACGAGAUGGAUGGGAGCCUGGACCCGGAAAGUGUGUCGAUCGAGUUCUCUAGCGUGGAAAGUCUGACAGAAGUCACUGAGAUGGAACCGAUCCGUGGAUUGGAGAAAAAGGUGAGGUUCGCAGUUCCUAGUGAUUCCUCUGAAGUGGGUGAAGUGACUGAGGCACAAGUGAGAUGGCGGGAAGAGGUGGCGGACCUGCUGGCGGCUCGACAGUCGGGGAUCGCAUUCAUAAUAGGGCACUCCCACGUUAGGGCGAAACAAGGCUCGUCCAUAAUCAAGAGGGUAGCCAUUAACUUUGGGUAUAAUUUCCUCAGGAGGAAUUGUAGAGGCCCUGAUGUGGCACUCAAGGUACCUCCAGUCUCUCUUCUUGAGGUUGGUAUGGUGUAUGUUGUUUAAUAUAAAACAAAGCAUUCCCACUUGACUUAUAUCGUAAUGCACUGUUUUCCCUCUUCCUCU